CUGCUGCAGGCCUACCUGCCCUCCAUGUACGAGCGCAAGCACGGCCACAUCGUCGCGGUGUCCUCCAUGUGCGGCCAGAUGGGCUGCACCAACCUGGCACCGUACUGCGCCUCCAAGUUCGCCGUGCGGGGCUUCAUGGAGACCCUCGCCGUGGAGCAGCACGACCUGCGCCCCGAGAUGGACGACAAGGUCCGCUUCACGACCAUCUACCCCUACAUGGUGGCCACGGGGCUCGUCAAGUCGCACACGGUGCGCUUCAACGGGCUCAUGCCCAUCCUCAACCCGAAGGUGGUCGCCGAGGAGGUGGUGGCCGCCAUGCGCCGCAACCAGACCGAGGUGUCCGUGCCCGGCUGGCUCUUCCACUUCAACAGGUUCAUCAGGCUAUUCCCGGGAUGUGUGGGAAUAAUGGUCCGCGACUUCCUUCAGGUCAGGAUUUCUGGAGAAUAAGAGGCUAAAACAUCUCCGUUACGAUAGCUUCAGUGUACCUUUACCAUAAAACUGUGUUUUUGAUUGAUGAACUCGUCUUCAUCAAGCAGCCCCGACAUCACAUUUUGUAACAUUUAUUUACGAUAUUUUUUUUUCGUAUGUAUGAUAUUCCGACAAAACGACAGCGUUCCAAUAAUUUUGUAAAUCUUGUGAUACGUGUGUACGUGUUUUUCUUUUUUGUAUGACUGUAGGUAUUGAUAAAAUAAUACAUUUAUUUACUACUUUUA